AUGAUUGACCGCACUAAAAACGAAUCUCCAGCUUUUGAAGAGUCUCCGCUUACCCCCAAUGUGUCUAACCUGAAACCAUUCCCUUCUCAAAGCAACAAAAUAUCCACUCCAGUGACCGACCAUAGGAGAAGACGGUCAUCCAGCGUAAUAUCACAUGUGGAACAGGAAACCUUCGAAGACGAAAAUGACCAGCAGAUGCUUCCCAACAUGAACGCUACGUGGGUCGACCAGCGAGGCGCGUGGUUGAUUCAUAUCGUCGUAAUAGUACUCUUGAGGCUCUUCUACUCCUUGUUCGGGUCGACGCCCAAAUGGACGUGGACUUUAACAAACAUGACCUACAUCAUCGGAUUCUAUAUCAUGUUCCACCUUGUCAAAGGUACGCCCUUCGACUUUAACGGUGGUGCGUACGACAACCUGACCAUGUGGGAGCAGAUUAACGAUGAGACUUUGUACACACCCACUAGAAAAUUUCUGCUGAUUGUACCCAUUGUGUUGUUCCUGAUUAGCAACCAGUACUACCGCAACGACAUGACACUAUUCCUCUCCAACCUCGCCGUGACGGUGCUUAUUGGUGUCGUUCCUAAGCUGGGAAUUACGCAUAGACUAAGAAUAUCCAUCCCUGGUAUUACGGGCCGUGCUCAAAUUAGUUAG